CGCCAACAAAGCACCUAUGCAAUCAUUUUUCUCUUCCCUUAUUUUUUUACUACCACGACGUCAACAUUUUAUAUGAUAAAAGUCAAUUCUUUUUUAACUGUGUCACCGAACUUGUGGCCUUGUAGAAUGCCACUAUAAUUGAUUCACCGGCGUACGCAAAUCUCACAAAUAAAAAGGAAACGAUUCCGAACAUUACAUUAAACGAUUUGUUCCUCCAGCUACUUGAAUACCGCAGGUGAACAUUUUUUAAGUACGCGGGAAGAAAAAGAAAACGAUACUCUAAUAAAAGUGAAAAUGAUAUCGAAUCCGAAAGUGGUGUUCUCUGCGGUGAUUUCCUGUUUGUUGUUUGUUUUGGGGGAAGCCCUUCCGCCUCAUUCACCUAGUUUUCAUUUCAAAGAAUCUCUGAUUCAGAAUUUGACAUCGUCGUACGCUUCGUUUUUAGAUGAUGUAUAUAAUUAUUUAACCGUUUCAAAUGUAACAGAAGAAUGUCGUCUGCAUAUGAAAGAGAUUCAGAACUUAGCGAAUUUUGGUGAUCCAAAUGCUUUGAAAAUUUUCGAUGCUAGUGGAAAACCAUCUAGUGGCAUUUUGGAAGGAAGCGUUCAUUUUAUAGGAUACUAUUCAGAAUGUGUGAAUACCAUUGUUAAGGUGGAGAAGAAUUUCCUCAGGGGACAGUACUGUCUGCUUAAUUUGAACGUCUCAGGAUACGAACAAAGGAUUUUGCCCAAUCCUUCAUGGGAAGUUAUGAAAAAGGCGACCAAGCCUCCUACAAUCGGUAUUUGUAUACCGCUAUCAUGUUCAGUGAAUGAUAUCAAAUUUGCCACUGAUGCCAGCCUUUCCAACAAUUUCGGAGAUAUUCAGGGUACAAUUGAAGUUUGUCACACUCAUACGAAAGGUUUUUCAAAAGAUAUUUCUGCAAUAUUCUUUAUGAGCUUUCAGAUUUUCGUCAUAGCCGUUGUCAGUCUUGCUACAGUAUAUGACUACUAUUUAAAUUGGAGGAAAAGAAAAGUAAUCGAAACGUUAGCAGCCAAAAGCGUGUCUACAGAGUUACUUUUUGAUCAACGGCCAGAUCCAAAUGAACCGAGCUCUACAAUGCAGUAUCUGCUGGCGUUUUCACUGUACACUAAUACACCGAAAAUAUUUUCUGUGAAAGAGCGUGACAACAUAGCCUGCCUCCAUGGUCUCAGAUUCCUCAGCAUGGCCCUCAUUAUUUUCGGACAUUCUUUCUCUUUUGCCGGAUCCGUCUUAUAUGUUCGAAAUCCAGGAAUGGCUUCUGAUGCCCCAAAAGAUUUUGUUAACCAGAUAUUUGCAAAUGGAACAUUCGCUGUUGACACUUUUUUCUUUAUGAGUGGCCUUUUAGUAUGUUAUGCUGGAAUUAAAACCCUGGAAACGGCUAAAAAGAAGUGGUCGUGGAUGUUGGUUUUCUAUGUUCACAGAUAUGUAAGACUGGCUCCCUUAAUGAUGGCUGUCGUAUUUAACUGCGCCUUUCUUCUGAGAUAUUUCAGUUCAGGUCCUAACUGGUUAAACAGUAUCGUGAUGUAUGAUGCGUGGUGUCGUAAGCAGUGGUGGGUGAAUGCUCUUUUUAUUCAAGAUUUCUACAACACCAAUGAAAUGUGUCUCAGCCACACUUGGUAUUUGGCUGCGGAUAUGCAAAUGUACCUUGUAUCUCCGUUAAUACUCAUUCCACUUGUCUGGAACUUGAAAGCUGGAAUCGCUGCAAUGAUUGCAUUUCUUCUCGCCACCACCAUUGCCACAGGAGUCAUCACAGCUCAGAAUCAUUAUCCUGCAAUUCCAUAUAUCAACAACGUUGUGCCUUUAGACUUGGUGAAUGAGUAUUACAAGAACGUGUACAUAAAACCAUAUUGCAGAAUGGGACCUUUCAUUGUUGGAAUGGCUAUCGGAUAUUUCAUGUAUAAGAAAAAGGAAUGCGUCCUUAAUAAAUCACUGGUAGUAGUAUGUUGGCUACUCAGCAUAGGAUCUGGAUUGACUAUCAUAUACCUCAUGUGGCCUGCUAAUCAAGGUAUCCUGCCGACCAAUGCCGAAGCAGCUGCCUACAGUGCAUUGGCCAGAACUGCUUGGGGUGUCUGUCUAGCCUGGCUUGUUUUUGCCUGCUACUAUGGAUAUGGAGGUAUCGUCAAUACAAUUCUAUCGUGGUCUUUGUGGGUCCCAGUUAGUCGUUUAACAUUUCCAGCAUAUCUCAUUCAUCCAGUAAUAAUAAGUGCCGUUUAUGGUUCUAUCGAAAGCCCAAGAGAAUUCUCUUUGGAUUUUAUGCUGUAUAUGUUCAUAGGACAUAUGUUCCUUACAUAUGUACUAUCACUAGUCUUAUCACUACUAUAUGAAUCACCUUUUGUAGUCAUGGAGAAGAUCUUACUUAGACCCAAAAAGAAACCCAAAGAAGAAGAUGCAUGUGUGAAUCAUAAUUACAGGCAAUAGUGAAGCCUGUACCAGUGUCUCCCACAAACAUUUCAAAUAUGAUAGAUUCUCAUCAUCACAAUCAUAGUUGAUCCACGUAUCCUACAAACAUUUUAAAUUCAUCAAAAUUUGUCAUAUAUCUUCAUGCCAUCACAAUCCAAGGGAAUCUGUGUCUUUCAAAAACUUUUUGUAACCAAAAUUGAUUACAUUUCAUAAUGUCGUCUCAAAAGCGAUCUGUGUCCUUAAAGCGGUCACUUUACAUCAUAAUCAAAAGAUGAUCUGUGUCUUCCAGAAACAUUUUAGGAUCAAAAGUGAUUAGAUUCCAUCCAAACAAAGAUCACCUGCUUCCAGAAACUUCUCAUAAUCAAUUUCAUCAGGACAUCAAACCAUCACAGCGGAAAUCCGCAAAUUCCAGAAACUUUUUAUAAUCAAAAUUGAUCUCAUUUCAACAUAAAUAAAAGGGAUGCGUCUCCCAGACACAUUUUAUAACCAAAACUGAUUACAUUUAAUUUAAUUAAAGGAGAUCUGUCUUCCAGAAACUUCUCAUAGUCAAUUUUUCAGGACAUCAAACGGGAUCUAUCUUCCAGAAGCUUUUUAUCAUCAAAAUUGAUCACAUUUCAUCAUAAACAACGGGUACCUGUCUUACAGAAACAUUUUAUAACCAAGACUGAUUAUAUUCCAUUCAAACAAAAGAGAUCUCCUGCUUCCAGUAACUUCUCAUAAUCAAUUUCAACCACACAUCAAAGUAUCACAAUGGGGAGAUAUUUUGCAGAAUCUUUUUUUAUAAUCAAAAUUGAUUAUAUUUCAUCAUGCUAUCAAAAACUUACAAAGUAUAUUUUGAAUCAUGACAUAUAACUGAAAACCUUGCCAAUUUUAAUGGAGCAUACCGGGAAAUAUACAAAUUGUAGACUACAAUCAUGGCUCUUUAUAAUCCUUGUCAAAAGAGCAUAAAAUAAUAAAUGUCCUGAGUUAGGAGUCUCAAAUAACAUUUAGAAGACAAAAACGUUAUUAAAAUCAGAUUUUACUCUAUGGAAAAAAGUAAAUAAAAGUACAAAGAUCAGUUUAAUAUAUCGAUGAAUUUGUUCUUAAUAAUCGCUGUUCAACUCUCAUUUCCACCAGCAAUUCAGAUUUUAAUAUUUUUUAUCUUCCUCUUUAAGAAUUAGAUUCUAAGUUUUUUUUCUGUCUAAUAAAUAUUAGUUUACGACCCUAAAUGUGUAUAUUUUUAAAUCUUAUUUUUUAAUAACUGUAAUAAAAUAUUCCCUGUAGAUAGUUAAAUGCGAAAUGCAUUCCAAGAAGCUGUCUUGCUCUAACAAGAGAACCCUCACCAACUAAUAGAAUUUGACGAUUCCCCUGUACAUAGGAGCAGGUAAAAGAAUUGAGUAAAUGUUGUACAAAAUUAUUUAUAUUUGGACACCUUUAAAUACCUCUUUUUGGCAAGGGAUUAUAAUAAUGCACAAUUUUGUAUUCAAUCCUUGUAUACGAAACUUUAUUAAAGGUGUACAAAAUAAAAUGAUUCAAAACUAUUACUUUAUCCUAUGCUCUAUUAUGAUCUACAAAAUAAAAUUUGAAUUUAUAUAAUAGUUGGGUACAGAAAAAAUAGUCAUUUUUUAGACUUAUGGCUAUUUUAUUUUUAUAAAAUGCAGAACUUUCAAAUUAAUUAAAAUUUUUCAGUAGGUAGUCAAUGUUAAGUUACUCAAUUUGGCUGAUAAAUUUUUCAGCCACAAAAAAGUAUGCUGGCUUAUAUAUAAAAUCCGCCAUUUCUUUAUACGACAAUAUUGGAGGGGAUUACUUUCCUUUAUAAACAUUUUUUAGUUCUCAAAUUUUGUGAGUGACAUUGCAUGAUAUUCUCACGUGCUAAAUUUAAGAGCAAGUACUUGUAAUUUAUAAUGUGAUUAAUUUGUCAAAGGAACACUUAUUAUUCUAAAUAUGAUAUUCCUGACAGUUAAAAAAGUUUCUGUUAAUUUAUUGAUUUAUUUUACAAUAAAAUUGUUAUCUAACUUGCUUUGCAUGA